GUUUGACGUCACCGAAAGCGCCAGCGUGAGCGGCGAGAGGCGUCGCGCUGUGACGUGCGUUGGCCAUGGAGGCGCUGGGUGGGGUCUCCAAGCAAGGCAUCCGUGAAAGAAUUUGGGACUAUAUGGAAUCACAUGAUUUAGCUGACUUUCCCAGACCUGUUCAUCACAGGAUUCCCAACUUUAAGGGUGCUUCUCGGGCUUCGGAGCAUUUCCCACACCUGCAUGCUUUCAGUGUGGCAAGAACCAUUAAAGUCAACCCUGAUGCUCCUCAGAGGAAUGCCCGCUUCCUCGUGCUGGAGAACAAAAAGACGCUGCUGGUCCCAACACCACGACUGAGGACAGGGCUGUUUAAUAAGAUCAUACCACCUCCUGGAGCCACUAAAGACAUACUAAGGAAAUGUGCCACCUCCCAGGGUGUGCGGAACUUCAGUGUCCCUGUGGGCUUGGACUCCGGUGUCCUCGUGGAUUUAAUUGUGGUGGGAUCUGUCGCUGUGUCUGAGCAAGGCUGGCGAAUUGGGAAGGGAGAAGGCUAUGCUGAUCUUGAAUAUGCCAUGAUGGUGUCGAUGGGAGCUGUUCAUAAGGGGACACCAGUUGUCACCAUUGUCCAUGACUGCCAGGUUGUUGACAUCCCUGAGGCUCUUCUGGAGGACCACGAUCUCACCGUUGACUACAUCAUCACUCCCACCAGGGUCAUUGCUACAGGCUGUGCAUACCCAAAGCCAACAGGGAUCAUCUGGUCCAAGGUCAGUUGUGAGAUGCUUACAAAAAUCCCAGUACUCAGGAGCCUUCGUGAGCGAGAGAAGCGGGCCGGGAAGGAUGUCACUCUUCAAGCUGAGCCUGGCAGCCAGCACCUAGCUGGGAGACCCUGAGAUGUACCACAGUUACAAGCAGCUUCCGUGGGAGAGUCCCAUAGCCCCCUGCAGAGCGUGGACACCCACCUAGCUGCCACUGUGUGCGUGGGAAACCUGCCCUACAGUGCUCGUGUAAGUGAGCUGAAGAGAGCCCUCCAGGAGCUGAGGGUGGUGCCCCUUAGGCUUAUCUGGCAGUCCCAGCGCAGGGCCCUUCUACACUAUGUAGACUCAGCUGCUGCCCGGCAGGCUGCCUCUCUCCUUCAGGGCCUACACCUGGGUGCCAAUACCUUGAGGGUGGCUGGGGCAGCCGAGGGAUACGUGACCUGGUGAGCAGCUCCCACCAGAAGAACCAUGCCCUCUCUGUUGUUGGGAUGCCUCUGGCAUGUGACGAUUUGCCAUUGUUGGUGGCUUGCUGCUAUGUGAGGCAUAUGCUCUGUUCUUCCUGGGAAGAGGGUAAACUUCCCUAAUCUUCCCUAAUGCAUGACUCUCAGGAUACUGUGAGCUCUGACUCGUUCUGAUCCAUUCCAGUUCUGGUUCCGGUUGUGAAGUCCAUGUGAUGCUCUCUGGGUGCAGACGGUUUAAGGACCGAGCAGCAGGGACAAAAGGUAGAGAAUGGAAAGUAAACACAGGCUGGCAGAGAAGAGGCCAGGGCAGGGAAUGAGGGCAGGCAGCAGAGCCAGAAGGCUGUCCUUGAAAUCAUUGCAGACCCCCAGUCCUACAGAACAGAAGUGGGAAUGAGAUUCUGCAUCCAGAGACAGAAACCCCACAUUGUGCACAUGUGUGAUCAUGUCUACCCAGGCUGCACAGGUAUACGUCAUUGAGCUUAGGGCCUCACUGCCCCUCAGUGAGGAUGAGAGGGGUUGGCAGCUGCCUCCGCUUUCCCAGACACAGCACUUGUGCCAUUGAUCCUUGGCAAAAAGUCAAAAUAAGCACUUAGAUGGAGAGUUUGUUUUAUUCAAAUGUGCAUGCCUGAGAAGUUUCUUGUUUUUGCCAAUGGGUCUUCCACCGUGUCCAUUAACAUAGUCCUUUGCCCUAAAAGGGCAGGCCUUGUUCACAUAUUAAGGAAAAAAAAUCUUGUGACCCAUGUCUCCUUGCCUUAGAAAGCUGUGCUAGCUCAGUAACCACCCCUUCCAAGUUGUCACAGGUACUAUGGGAAGCAGGCCUCAAGCUGCACUGGCCUCUGGCCUUGCACCUGCUAGCCUGGCCUUCCCUCCCACUCCUCCCCAGCACAGCCACUGGCCAUGCCAUCCUCUCCCUGCUCUGCUUUCCCCAGGGUCCUCACCUCUCUUGUGUCCCUUCUUACUCUUGAUGCUCCCUGUGGGACAGCAGCUACAGGUUAGCAGGAUGGAGCUAUCUUUUCCCUCUUGCUGCAAACCAGAAGGACAGGAGCAACCAGGAAAUGCCGCGUUAGGGUAACUGUCCAUCAGAGCUGGAAAGCGGAGAGAUGACCCUUACCCAAAUAUCAGCCAAGCCUGAAUCCAGUCAAAUGAUCACUCAGCUCAUCCAGAUGGUGUGGGCCUCUUGUCACUCGUGGCCAGAAUACACCGGAUGUGUUGACACACAGUCUGAGCCACUUGUGUAUUUGUGUGAAGCGACCUCAGCACUGAAGCUCAGGUGCCCUCAGUCUCAUCUGUAGAUGCUGCAGAGUGUACCCUGUCUCAGGAUGCCCUCGAGGUCUAGUUCCCCAGGUAACUGAUGAGCCACAGGUGACAAAGUUACUGCAUUCUUUGUAGCUGUGAUUGUGUAGCACACAAUAAAAAACAGACAAAACA